AUGAAGAGUUUGGACUACAUGUACAAGGUUUUGAGCGACCCAAUGAAGCGCAACAGGAUGCGGAUACCAGUGCGAGCGCGGGUCCAAGACUAUACUGCGCGGUAUGGGGAGCCCAUGGAUAUCGAUGGCAUGGAUCCGUUCAAGCCACAACAUGCGAUUCGAACAUAUUCAAAGAAGAGCAGAGAUUCAGAGAAGAAGGCACCUAAGAGAAGCCGUGAUUGUGUUGUAUGCGGUGACAGCGUCCAAAUCGUCGACCUACCCUCGCUUGCCGAUUGCGACCAUCAACCUGAAACUUGCACUGGUUGCUACUCCGGGUGGAUCGCUGCUCAGCUCCAGGAAAGUGGAUGGCGUGAAGUCAAAUGUCCAGGUGAUGGGUGUAAGGUCCAAUUAUCCUACCAGGAGAUCCAGGCCUAUGCAAGCCCAAAGACGUUUCAGCAAUACGACACCUUUAUCACCCGGGCCGCUGUCGGUGAUGACCCAAACUUUCGAUGGUGUCGUGCCUGUGACUCUGUGCCCUGGGCCUGGUUGUACGUGGAAUAUCCAGAAGAAUCAUGGGUGCGAUCACAUGACGUGUAA